UGCGUAGGCUCAAACAAUGAUACAGGACCUCACUAGAAAACAUAACCUUUAAUGCUACCAUUAUAUGAGUGAGGAGGUAGGAGACAUAUAUAAACUAUAAGAGUGGAAUCAAUACCACCAUACUGAAACAUCAUUCCUCUGAUGAGGAAGAGAUGAUGAGGGAGGGCGAUGCAUGUGUUGCCCUUCUGAGAAGCAAGCUCCAUGGCCUGCUCGAGAGGAACCGCUCUCUGGAAGAGGAGAACAAGCAAUUGCGACACCAAGUGAGCCGACUAAAAGGCCAGGUCUCCUCUCUCGAAGGGAAGGAUACUGAUAAAAGGAUGCUGUGGAAGAAGCUGGAAAAUUCUGCAACCAGCAUCAGCGACUCCAAGGAAAAGCAGUUUGUCCAGAACAACAACGAAGCGAAGGAAGCCAUAGAUCUCAACAACUCAUCGUGUUACAGUAGGCAGCAAUUCUCCAGGACAGCGCUAAUGAGAUCAAGGGCACCAAGGGUUCCAAAUCCACCGCCCAGUUCGACAUGCAUCCAGCCGGUAAUAAACGUGAGAAAGGAAGGAUGCAUGGCUCCUCCUCCACCACCUUCCAAGUUGCAGAGGAGUACAAAAGCAGUACAAAGGGUGCCAGAGGUAGUCGAGUUGUACCGGUCGUUUGGGCGACGUGAAGGCAAAAAUGAUACAAAGUCUGGAUCUGCGGGAACUCCAGUAGGCACUAACAGCCGAGAGAUGAUCGGGGAGAUUGAGAACAGAUCAGCCUAUGUUUUAGCUAUUAAAUCCGAUGUAGAAAAUCAGGGAGAAUUUGUGAACUUCCUGGCAAGUGAAGUUCAGAAUGCAGCAUACAAGGAAAUAGCUGAUGUUGAAGAGUUUGUGAAGUGGCUUGAUGGGGAAUUGUCAUACCUUGUGGAUGAAAGGGCAGUGCUCAAGCACUUUCCUAAUUGGCCUGAGAAGAAAGCAGAUGCCAUGAGAGAAGCAGCAUUCACCUAUCGAGAUCUGAAGAAUCUAGAAUCAGAAGCAUCCUCCUUCCAUGAUGACAGGAGAGUGGCAGCACCUAUAGCUCUCAAGCGCAUGCAAGCUCUGCAGGAUAAAAUUGAACAAGGUAUUCAUAAUACUGAACGAGUAAGGGACAGUGCAAGUGGAAGAUACAGGGAUCUUAAGAUCCCAUGCGAAUGGAUGCUCAACUCCGGAAUCAUAAACCAACUAAAGAUGGCUUCGUUGAAGCUUGCAAAAGAAUACAUGAACCGCAUUGUGAAUGCACUGAAGUCAGAUCCAUUUGCAAACGACGAGGAGCUGCUUCUACAAGGUGUUCGGUUUGCCUUCCGCAUACAUCAGUACAUUUACAGCUUGCAGGUGGUUUCGAUGAAGGAUGCCGGAAAGCAUUUCAAGAACUAAAGACAUAUGCAAGCAAGUCAGAGUGAUCUGAGUUCACGUGCGUCCAAAUAUAAGUCAUUGUGAUCAACAUAGAUGAUUAAAUUUUGACGAGGAUGGCUCCAAGUGGAGUCCACCAAAUCUUGAGGAUAAUUAGCAAAAAAAUUUAUAAAGUUUAAUUUAUUCUGCA